AUGGUCAACAAAUUGUAUUUAGCACUAAGAGGCGCAGCUACCGACAUACACACUGCGCAUACGGCUGUAACCACGGCAACAUCAACCCGACUGAAAAUGUCCAUCCUUUUUGUCUGCACGUCCCCGCUUGUCCACGGCCAACUGCGGGACGAAGGACACCUCCGGUUUGUCUCGCCUGGUUCCCCCGUGCCCGUCGAGGUGGUACACGAACCGUGCGUUGUGUUUGCCAACCACCCGAGCCUCCGCGUCGGCGAUGUCGUCCAGUUGAUCCCCAAGCUCGAGCGGAACGCUGCCAAUGCGAUUGUGUUUAUUGAUCCGCUUGUGUCGCCAUUCGAGGACAUGACGCCGUUCCAGCGGGCCGUGCUCAUGGGAGUAAUUCACGUGCAUAUCGACUUUCGCCUAUCGUGCAACAAUGCCAAUAUCCUCAUCGCCGAGUGCAAGCCCCAGACGCUCGUCCUUCCCGGCUGCUACGCCUCGUACGAAUUGAUUGUAUUUGUAUUGGCGAACUCGAAUGACGCGGAAGUGGGGGUGAUGGUGCAAGAGAGCGCAACCAGCGAAGCUUACGCCGCCCAAGAAUACGCAACAGCAAUCGACGGAGAUGGAAUGUCCAUCCGUGACUUCAAAGUCACGUCGACUGCAAAGGCCAAGAAAUACCACCCGAAUGACAGUCCGUUUUCUGCACUGACAAUUGGCCACGACACGAAGGAAGGUGCUUUCUUGACGUCGAUCACGGGGUUCGCUCAGCCCACGUCUUGA